AGCGUGAAACUUUGUUACAUAUGGAUUGGCAAGGUGCAGGUUUAAAGUUGGGGUUACAAAAAAAGCAACUGGAACCUCAUACGGUGUUGCAAGUGUUGGAACGGAGAAAUAUUUCCAUACCACAACAAAAUAGUGUAAAACUGGAAGAAGAACUUAGCGAACACGCUGGAAACAAGACGCACAAGGGUCACCACCAGUGGAAGUAUAAAGUGUCCGACGGAGAAACAACCUUAACCGCUGUCGAAGAUGAAAGUUUAGUAGAGCUGCAUCAGAAGUGGAGACCUGGUAUCAAAAUAGUAAUUGUACAACCACUUACUGUAUACAACGGUGUCAUUUUUGUUACAAGACGAGACAUUGAAGUGUUGGGAGAUGGAUUGGAAGGGAGUGCUUUGGAAGAGAAUAAAAUGAAAAUCAACAGAAAACAGCAAACUGCUGCAGACGGUCCACCGUUAUUUGAACCAUUUGAUAGUGCCACGAGAAAGCCAGACAAUUUGCGUUUUGCAGGCUUUGAUAUCGAUGCUUUUGUAUUCCAGGGAGAGUUGCGUACGAUCAAUCGAACAAGAAGAAACAGAGAAACAGAUACCCUUGCGGUUUCUAACCAACAACAAGAGCAUAUUAUAUCUAUCGAUGAAAAAACAAAGGACGCCAUGCUUCACUUUUUGUGGAACUUACAGGGAAAGAAACAACCGCAAAAGCCGGUGACUCGUAAUCAAUCAGUCGAUGCAACUGUAGUUGCAAAACAACAGGAGUCACCAAUGAGUGUUGAAAGGGGUAUUCAAAGAUUAACCAAUAUGUUGCACGAUUUUACUAUUAAAAAUGCAAAUCAACGAGAAAAGGUGAACUCCGCUAACAAGACAAAUGAAACAAACGAGAAGGAAGCAGAAGAAAUUAUGCGAUCCUUUUACUCUUCUCGGGAAGUAAGUUCAAACCAUUCGAGCUCACAUGGUGGAAGAAGAAGAGGGCGAGGGCGUGGACGACCCAACGUCAAGAGCGGUGGACGAGGUCGUAUAUGAGGAUUUACAAAAGUAUUCAUUGAUAACGUCAGUUUCGUGUUAACCAAAUCAGUUUCUCCACGUUAUCAGGCUCGUUGUAAACUUGAAACAGAACCCCGAAAAUGUCCAUCAAAACCAAAAGCUCAUCAGAACCGUCAAUCAACAUUUUCUCAGCUUGUGCAAAUUUUAUCAUAAUAACAGACUUUUGAAGUUUGUUCAAGUGGUUAACAGGUAUAAGAGCUUCACAUAACUGAUAUAUGAUUUCAGAGACUGGAUAGCCAUUAUUAAUGAAUUCUAUUGCCAUGUUACGCAAUUCAGAAAACUGUAAAGUGUUCUCCCCACUUGAGCAUAUUUUUAGACAAUU